AUGGCCGAUGGAAGUUUCGCCCUGGAGGUCUUUGUGGACGGCAUGACCUGCAAUAGCUGUGCCGCGACGGUCCAGAGCUUCCUGCUGUCGAUGGACGAGGUGAAGGACGCCCAGGUGACCUUUGCCGACCGCAAGGCCAAGGUGGUCACCUCCCUCCCGAUCGACGAGGUGUGCGCCACCCUCUCCGACCUCGGGUUUCCAUCGCGGCCCUACGACGAAAAGGAGGUGGCGGCGGCCAUCGCAGCCGCCAGCAACACGCCCAAAUCAAACAACACACAGAACAACGCGGCGAGCACCACGACCACCACCAUCGAACUCGCCACUGGGAUGACGUGCGGGGCGUGCGUGGCGACGAUCGAGAGCUACGUGCCCAACGCGGUGGAGGGCGUCAUCUCCAUCUCCGUGGGCCUCCUGGCCGAGCGCGCGGAGGUGGUCUACGACAAGCGCACGACCAGCCCCAAGGAGAUCGCUGCCGCCAUCGAAGAUCCGACGGUGAGCAGCAUCAAGCUGCGGAUUGGCGGUAUGACCUGCGCGUCGUGCGUGGGCCGGGUGGAGCGCGCGGUGACGCCGCUGCCCGGCGUGCUCAACGUGUCCGUCAAUCUCGCCACCGAGGUGUGCGACGUCACCUUCACCUCGGGCCAAACCACUCUUCGCACUCUCAUCAGCGCCAUCUCCGACGCGGGCUACACGGCCACGAUGUAUGUGGACGACGUGGGCGCGCAGGAAAAGCUCCGAAGGGCCGAGAUGGAAUACCUCCGCUUCUCGCUCAUCUUCAGCACCAUCUUCUCCGUCCCCGUCUUCUUCCUCGCCAAAAUUGGACCACACAUCGAAUCUCUGUCUCCGCUGUAUGCCGGCUAUCUGCAUUUCAUCAGCGUGCAGCUGAUCCUGCAGCUGAUGCUCACCACCCCUGUACAAUUCAUCUCCGGUGGUAAGUUCUACAUCGGCGCCUGGAAGGCCCUCAAACACGGCGGUGCCAACAUGGACGUGUUGGUGUCGCUGGGUACGUCGGCGUCGUACCUCUACUCGCUGUUUUCGAUGGUGAUGUGCUUCUUCCUGCCGCACUACCAGCCGUUCGUCUUCUUCGAGACGUCGGCCAUGCUCAUCACCUUCAUCUCCCUCGGCAAGUACCUGGAAUACGUCGCCAAGGGCCGCACCUCCGAAGCCAUCCAAAAGCUCAUGUCCCUCCAGGCAACGACGGCGACGUUGAUCAAGAUGGAGGACGAUGAGAUCCUCGAGGAGACGGAGCUGGCGCUCGAGCUGAUCGAGGCGGGCGACAUCCUGAAGGUCGUUCCGGGCGCCACCGUGCCCACGGACGGUAUACUCAUCAAGGGGCAAUCGUUCGUCAACGAGUCCAUGAUCACCGGCGAGUCCAUUCCCUCCGAGAAGACGGUCGGGUCGGAGUUGAUUGGAGGAACGAUCAACACGACGGGCAGCUUCUUCAUGCGGGCCACGCGUGUCGGGCGCGAUACUGGAUUGGCCCAGAUCAUUCGUCUCGUCGAAGAGGCUCAAACCCAAAAGGCCCCCAUUCAGGGUUGGGCCGACAAGGUGUCCGGCUACUUCGUGCCGGUGGUGGUGGUGCUGGGCUUCAUCGUGUUCUGCAUGUGGCUGGUGCUCACCCACCUGGACUGCUUCCCGCACGAGAUGUAUCCGCCCGGCAGCAACGGCCUCCUCGUCUCGCUCCUCUUCGCCAUCUCCGUCAUCGUGAUCGCGUGUCCGUGUGCGCUGGGCCUGGCGACGCCCACGGCGAUCAUGGUGGGCACCGGAGUCGGUGCGCAGAAUGGAGUGCUCAUUAAGGGCGGACUGCACCUGGAGCGCGCGUACAAGAUCAACGCCGUCCUGUUCGACAAAACCGGCACAUUGACCCACGGCAAGCCGACGGUGACGGAUACGAAAUUGCUGACCGACAAGAUUUCCCGCAAGCGAUUCUUCGAGCUGGUCGGCCUGGCUGAGUCCGCGAGCGAACACGUUCUUGCGCGAGCGAUCGUGGAGCACGCCAAGACGCAGGAGGAGAUCGACAUCACCACGUCGCAGCACCUGGUGGAAAACUUCAUGGCCGAGUCCGGCAAGGGAGUCUGCUGCGACAUUCAGGACGUCCGCGUGUUCGUCGGCAAGCGCGACUGGAUCCGGGAGGCCACCAACCUCACCGUAUCCGAGGAUGUGGAGAUCAAGAUUCAGGAGUGGGAGGGCCAGGGCAAGACGGUCGUGCUGGCGGCCCUCGACUCGCGAGACGCCGCGUAUCAGGGCAAGGGCAAGGAGAAGGCCUCGUUCGACGCGCGCGUGGAGGGCCUCAUCGGCCUGGUCGCCAUCUCCGACACCGUCAAGCCCGAAGCCUCCGCCACCAUUCGAUUCCUCCGCAGCAUGGGCAUCGAGUCGUGGAUGGUGACGGGCGACAACAGGCGCACGGCCCACUCGAUCGCGUCGCUGGUCGGAAUCUCCCCGCUGAACGUCUUCGCCGAGGUCCUCCCCUCGGAAAAGGCGCGCAAGGUCGUCGAGCUCCAAUCCAAGCCACAAUCAAUUUACGACGACGACAACCUGAAGGGCUUUACGGUGGCGAUGGUGGGCGACGGCAUCAACGACUCGCCGGCGUUGGCCCAAUCGGACGUGGGCAUCGCCAUCGGCGCGGGCACGGACGUAGCCAUCGAAGCGGCGGCGAUGGUGCUGGUCAAGAGCGACCUGCGCGACGUGAUCACCGCCAUCGACCUCUCCCGCAAGACCUUCAACCGAAUCCGACUCAACUACCUGUGGGCCAUGAUCUACAAUCUCGUCGGCAUUCCGCUGGCGGCGGGCAUUGGUGUGCCGUUCGGGGUGAUGCUGCCGCCCAUGCUGGCCGGUCUGGCCAUGGCCCUCUCGUCCGUGUCUGUGGUCAUGUCGUCGCUCCUGCUCAAGCGAUACAAAAAGCCCAACAUUCCGCUUGACGCUUCGGCGCAAGGCAAAAAGGAUCACAUCGUGAUUGACAUUCCUGCGCUCAUCGCCAACCUGCCCGAGACGUUCACCUCAAGCAAAAAGGAGAAGAGCGCCGGUCUCAACCUGCCGCGGAGCUACUCGCUCAAGAAGAAGGCCCUGUCGUACGGCGUCGAGAUGAAGGAGCUCAUCCGGUCCAAGGGCCUCAUCAACGAAGACCAUAAGGCGGACUAA